AUGGAGGUCAGAGAUGGAGGAGGUCAGAGAUGGAGGAGGUCACUGAUGGAGGAGGUCACUGAUGGAGGAGGUCAGAGAUGGAGGAGGUCAGAGAUGGAGGAGGUCAGAGAUGGAGGAGGUCAGAGAAGAUGGAGGAGGUCAGAGAUGGAGGAGGUCAGAGAUGGAGGAGGUCAGAGAUGGAGGAGGUCAGAGAUGGAGGAGGUCAGUGAUGGAGGAGGUCAGAGAUGGAGGAGGAGGUCAGUGAAGGAGGAGGUCAGAGAUGGAGGAGGUCAGAGAUGGAGGAGGUCAGAGAUGGAGGAGGUCAGAGAUGGAGGAGGUCACUGA